AUGCAGUUUCGUCUCUUCUCCUUUGCCCUCAUCAUCCUGAACUGUAUGGAUUACAGCCACUGCCAGGGCAAUCGAUGGAGACGCAGUAAGAGAGCUAGUUAUGUAUCAAAUCCCAUUUGCAAGGGAUGCUUGUCUUGUUCAAAGGACAAUGGGUGCAGCCGAUGUCAACAGAAGUUAUUCUUCUUUCUUCGAAGAGAAGGCAUGCGCCAGUAUGGAGAGUGCCUGCAUUCCUGCCCAUCCGGGUACUAUGGACACCGAGCCCCAGAUAUGAACAGAUGUGCAAGAUGCAGAAUAGAAAACUGUGAUUCUUGCUUUAGCAAAGACUUUUGUACCAAGUGCAAAGUAGGCUUUUAUUUGCAUAGAGGCCGCUGCUUUGAGGAAUGUCCAGAUGGUUUUGCACCAUUAGAUGAAACCAUGGAAUGUGUGGAAGGAUGUGAGGUUGGCCAUUGGAGUGAAUGGGGAACUUGUAGCAGAAAUAAUCGCACAUGUGGAUUUAAGUGGGGUCUGGAAACCAGAACACGGCAAAUUGUUAAAAAGCCAGCAAAAGACACGAUACCAUGUCCAACGAUCGCUGAAUCCAGGAGAUGUAAGAUGGCCGUGAGGCAUUGUCCAGGAGGGAAGAGAGCGCCAAAGGCAAAGGAGAGAAAGAACAAGAAGAAGAAGAAACUGAUAGAAAGAGCCCAGGAGCAACACAGCGUCUUCCUAGCUACAGACAGAGCUAACCAGUAAAAUAAAAGACACGGGGUGGUGUGUUUUUGUUUGUUCUGUUUUUUUUGUUUGUUUGUUUGUUUGGGGGUUGUUUUUGCAAAAGUGCACAGAGCUGCUCUCCACUCCCGGACACUGGUGGGCUGAUUUGCGCUGCUCGGACCAGUACCUGUUCCCAGUAACGUUGUGAGAGGAGGAGCCACGAGCGUGGUCUCUGUGUUAUUUAUGCUUUGAUUUGCAUCUGGAGACUGAAGGCGGGAGCUUGCGACCUGCAGCAGUGGCAGCAGGACUAAGUGUACAGCAUGUGACUCAGCUCCCUGUGUGCCCCCAGAGAGAGCCACCCCUGGUCCCACAGAGGGGCAGGAGGUGUGAGGCUGCAGACCCCCCCACUGGAGAACUGACUUGUGCAUAUUUAUGGAAAGACAGCGCUUGGCAGGCAAAGUGCUAUUUCACUUGUGACCUUUAUUUCUCAUAUUGUGCAUUUUCAAGGAUCAAGGUAUGUGGAUAUCUGCUUAGUGUUACCACACGUGGUUCUCAGCAUCUGUUACCUUCCAACUCUUGUGCCCGGAGACUGCUUUUAGCUGGGGUUCCGCUGCAGGAAUUCCCGUUCAGUUUCACAGCAGCUUGGAUGUGUACAUACUCUGCUGGGGCUACAUAUAAACCUCUUAUUUACUGUAUUUAUGCUUUCUUCUGUGCAACAAGUCAUACCUGAUUAAUAUUAUGUCACUUUGUUUCUAGUGGUUCCUAACCGUUGUCUGGUAAAUGACUGUUCUAGUUUUGCGAAUUGAUGAAUGUUUUUCUGCCCCUUGAAACUUAACUUUUCUUUUCUUUGUGGGCUUAUUUCUCAUUGUAAGGAUAGGAUAAGCUAGUUUGUACAUAGGGUCAAAUGGCCCUUGUCAGAGAAUUUGAAUAUCAAUAGACCUUCCCUACUCCUCACCACAGCUAAAGCAUGAGGCCUCUGGCAGUCAGAAGCCCAAAGUCCCUUUGAGUCUAAGAUGUGUUGACUUUAUGAAACACAACUGAAAACAUGAGAAAUUACAUGCAGUCACUUGUAGUACUCAUUAUGCAGUUUCACAGGUCAACUAGAGAAUUUUUCAAACUUUUAAUUGCAAACUUCAAUAUGUAUAAAGCAGUUCCUGACUUGCAAUGACAGAGCAUCUACCAAUAUUCUUAGGUCAGUGUAGAAAUUACCAUCUUAUGAGACCAUGCAUAGAAUUGGUGGAGAAACACAAUAAAUUCCUACAACUGCUGGUCAGAUCGUAACAGGUCUCCUCUGAAGCAGAAUUUCUUUCUUAUCCAAGACAGAGAGGAACACUGUGGAGACUUCCCAGGUGACUUUCAGAGCAGUUGUUACAAAAACAUCACUAUCCACUUGGGGGAAUCAGUUCUUAGAGAGUUUUGAAUUGGCUUCUUCCAAAAGCAUCACUAUCUUCCUGGAUGAUCCAGAAGAAAAUUAGAACAAAAAGGAAUGGCUGUAGAUUUUUGAGGAAAAAAACAAAGCGAGGUAAAGCCUUUUUCUCACCUUGCAUUUGCUAAACUACCUCUUCUGUAUUUUUGUUUAACUUUUGAGUCAAAAGCAUCUUACCAAUAAAUAUGAAUGUCAAAUACGUCAUUAUGAAAAUGCUAUGAGAUAAUAAGCCAUAUAUGAAUGUUGUAUACAACUUUAGGGUUUGCAUUUAAUCCUAAAGUGUUCACCUCCUUUCACAUCUAUUUACACUAUAUUCCUAUUUACUAAGUGGGGAGGGGGCUUCUUUAUAUAGUGCUUCAUCGUUAAUAAGUCAAUACCUGUUCUGUUUCUGGGAUGUUCUUUUAGUGCAUUAAAAAAAUUCAAAAUUA